CAUAUUUUCUAUAUAAACGAUCUUCGAUGCUUCACCAUGAACAACAAACAAAAAAUUUCUAUUAUCAAUCUAGCAAAAAAUGGAUCCUUCUAUAGCUCAAGAAGAGUCUAAGUUAUUAGAUACACCUUCAACUGACCCUUCUCCUAUAGCUCAAGAAGAGCCUCAGUUAGUAGACACACCUGCUAUAGUCCCUUCUCCGAUAGCACAGGAGCCCGACAACGAUGUACCCUCACCGGGAACCCAGUUUGCUGAGUUCGCCGCUGGAUGCUUCUGGGGACUGGAGCUUGCUUUCCAGAGGAUCCCUGGGGUGAUCGAGACUGAGGUCGGGUACACUCAAGGGAUCUCACAUAAUCCUACAUACAAGGUUGUCCGCACGAACAAAACGAACCAUGCAGAGGUUGUAAGGGUUCAGUAUGAUCCCAAUGAGUGCAGCUAUGAGACCCUGCUUGAUUUGUUCUGGUCUAGACAUGAUCCCACCUCCUUGAAUCGUCAGGGAGAGCUUGUGGGAGCUCAAUACCGAUCAGGGAUAUAUUUCUAUACACCAGAGCAAGAGAAGCUAGCACGUGAGUCUCUAGAGAAUCAGCAGAAAAAGCUUGAGGAGAAGAUUGUGACUGAGAUCUUACCAGCGAAGAAGUUCUACAAAGCUGAAGAAUACCAUCAGCAUUACCUCGUCAAAGGUGGCAUGUAUGGCAAUGCACAAUCUCCUGCAAAGAGCUGCAAGGACCCUAUUCGUUGCUACGGCUAAGUAUAAAGACUUUGUAACUCUUUCAUCCCAAAACAGAGGAGUGUUCUCUGUUUGCAUGUAUGUGUGUGUGAUUUGUAAUUCUCAGUUCAUAAUAAAGAUGUGGAAAUAUUACAACUU